GAGAGUCUGUCGCUCAGAGCAACAUGAGAUUUCAAACCCUCCACACCUUGCAAUUAUUCAUCCUGACCAUCGAAAUCUUGUUUUGGACCAGGACUUGGACGGUCACGGGAUUGAUGCAAUGCCAAACAGGAUCGAGCCCAGUGCCUAUCCCAUACCAGGUUUACGGCUCGGUGGCGUUGAUGGCGGUCAGGAAAGCCGAGACCAAGUACAAAAACGCCAAAAGGGCUUGCAAAAACGCACAAAGCGACGGAAUUUUGCCCAUGCCUAAAUCUGAGGCCGUGGCUUUGGCCCUCAAAGGCAAAAUGGAGGAAGAAAACGACGGAGAGAUUUGGAUUGGAUUGACCAAUUCCAAUGAUGAUGAUUGUGUCAAUGCAGGAUGCAACUCAAAUUUACAAUGGGAAGAUGGGUCCAGCUUUGAAUAUCAAUCCUGGAUGGGAUACUUGUCAGUAGAUGAAGAUGACGAAUGCUUCAGAUUGUCGUAUGGAUCUAAUAUCAUCAGCGGGAGUUGUGACCAAUGGAUUGAAGGGCACAUUUGCCAGUUUGAUUGUGAUGGUGUCAUUGAAGAGGUGAAUGCCACAUGUCCGAUGGGUGCACCCAUCCCCCAAGAUUUUCAGCCUCAAGGAGACAAAUGGUUCAAGAUUCUGCCAGAUAUAGUAGGUACUAAAAUUGAGGCAGAAGUGGCUUGUUCGGUUAUAGGGGGUCGAUUACCAACCAUUACCACACAGGAUUCAUAUGAUGCAAUCACGGAAAUACUGAAAUUUGCAACCAGAGAAACUUGGCUUGACAUGAAUCCAGUCACGACCACGUGUCAAGAUGAAGAAUGCAGUACAAAACAUCAGUGGAACAAUGGACAACCAUUCCUGCACUCUUCCUCUUGGUAUGAUUUGGUGGACUUUCAACCCUUUGGCUGUCCCAAGAUCAGGAAAACUAGUACGGGUUAUGCGAUCCUUACCAUCAACUGUCUGUUCAACGCAUCCACCAUUUGUGAAUUCAAUUGCCAAACACCCGUUGGCAUAACUACGAUUGCGACAACAUCAACAACGACGACAACAACAACAGCAAUAUUAACGACAACCGAAACACCAAUGAUCACCCAAGACAUAAGUCCUCCUCCAGUGGAAAUCUGGACGGGAAUGGUGCCCAAUGAUCGGAACCGAGAUGUGGCUUGUCAAAGGGAAUGUGCCAAGGGGAAUUUGCCAGGACAUAAAUGCUUUGGCAAGAUUAAAGGUGUGAGGAUCCCAAUGGUUGAAGCAACGUACCUUAACUAUUUUCGUUGUUUUUCAUUUUAUUUCAGACCCUUUUGCCAGAGAUCUUUCACCAGUCUUGUGGCCUUGCUUGUGCAUGAGAUCCAAAAUUAUACUUGCGCCUGGUACCUUUUGCGGUCCACAAGGCAGCAUGUGCUUAUGAUGUUUCUACCGUAAAAAAGGUCUUGAUAUAUUGGCAUACACCUUGUAGUUGAUUAAGUGGAUUUCUUUUGUAUUGAGCAUCAACGUGAUGACUAUAAUUAGUAACCAUGAAAGUAAGAUUUUCAGAAUAUCCACUUGUGUUCAGUUCCUAUACCUAUUACCUCCAGACUAUGGUAGUAGAUAUUGUUUACCUCUUCUUGAAAAGAUACCCGUAAUAUUCUCAAAAUAUGUCAGACUUUACAGAAUUAUAUUCACUACCGGUCUAUUCUCAAGCUUGAGUUGUUUUGAUCGGAGUGAGUUUACUUGGUCACUAAAAUGUAAGGGUGGCUUUACACUAGGAUGGAAAACAGAGAUUGAAUUCGAUUUGAGGAUGAAAGUGGGACUAGUGCUGGGGCGAGUUCGGGAAAAGAUUUGAGUCCAACAGAGGACUCGAAUCUUUCACUGUACUGCAGUCGAACAAAAAGACUCACGUUGCGAAAAACUCGCCCCAACACAAGUCCUACUUCCAUCCUCAAACCAGAUUCAAUCUCGGUUUUCCAUCCUAGUGUAAAAACGCCCUAACACAAAAAUAAUGGAAAUUCAUAUGAACAUCCACGAAUUUCCCCAAAAAGCAAUAUGGACUGUGAACAGGCUUCUCGCUAAAUUGGUGUGCUCUUUGUCUAAGCAACUCUGAGCCACUUUUCGAAAUAAAGCAACAGAUUAAGAAAUUUAGAUCUUUUCAAUUGAAGCCACGUCAUUUUUAUACCCUCAACUUGUAAAGUGGUUUGUUCUAAAGUUAUGUUGUCAAAAGCUCAUGGCAGCUGACCUUUAACAGGCCGAAAAUUUCAAAUUUUAUGUUGUGUUGCCAGGUUCGCGCACUAAAACGUUUAUUACAAAGUAAGAUCGUUACAUUUGCUAAAGUGGCGCUCGACAAGCUCGAGGGCCAAUUUCACAGUGCGACCACUUAUCCAAAAUGUCUCAGGGUGGCCGACAGAUUGUCAAAUUUUCAACUUUUCUUUUUUUCUUUCUUUUUUUUAGCGAUAAUCAGCCGUCAAGCGCAGAGCUCACGAGUGAUUGUUUCAUCGCUUUGACCACAACUCCUGAGUCUCCCAAGUUUGGCCAAUUCCGCCCAUUUGACAAGAUGUGUUCAGGAGAUACAAAAACUUUGCUUCCUUUCGCAGUCGACAUUUCUAUAAGUACGUGAAACGCCCCAGGUUUAUUGCAAUUUCAAAAGUAAGGUUGACAACUUUGAACUUGAUAAAAAUCGGAAAACCAAAAAGAAAAUAAUUAGGGAACUAUUUUUAAAAAGAAAAAAGGCAAAGGCUCAUGAAACGGAAGGGCCUUUGCCUCAAUAGACCUUGGGUAUUUGGCCUGUUUUUUAUCGUUUUUUUUGUCGACGAUUUCGGUCCACAAUGGUUUAUGAAAAAGUUUUUUUUGUGACGAUUGUUAAUUGUGUAAAAUAAAUUACUCGUAUAUGAGAACAUUAACAUUUGCUCAAGAAAACAGUUUGACUAGAUGACGAUGAAUUACUACUCGGUCAUUUUGGAUCAAAGGUCUUUCAAUUUGUUUUCAAUUGGUAAAAAAUAUGAUCGAACGAAACAGCAAUACCCGCCAAUUAAUGAUUCAUGAUAAUCUCAUCAUCAACCUUCCACGUCGAGUGCUAAGUAAAUGGUCACGAAGAGUUUCUAGUCACAAUUCUCAUUCUGGGUUGAAAAGAGUUCGCCUUGCGUCAAUAGUUUCAAGAUUAAAUUCAGUUCUUAGCUCAUGAACAUGAACGAGGCUGGUUAAUCCUUUCCAUCAUUUUUUUCUGUCAAACAAGCAUGUCUUGCCAUCACCACAAGAUCUAUUAAUCGAUUAUCGAGAUCUCGUCAGCAAUAAACUCAGAAUUUGAUCGUAGAUUUAACAUGUUUAAAUAAUCUUCUCGUCUUGAACUGCUGGGAUUCCAAUCCCGGUAGCGGUAAGGAAGUCCGCAAAAAAAAAAAAAAACCGCUCCCUUCUGAAUCGGGUGGGUUGGAUAGAGCAAGGACAACGUCAUCACUGGACAGAGACGGUUGGGUGGGGGAAACGUAAGUUUUAUCCCGAUUGAGGUCCUGAAACUCAGUUCGACGUGGGCAGAAAAUGA